GAGUGGUGGGAUAUAUAGGCUGGUGGUUGGCGCUUCAUGCAACAGAGUCAAGAGUUGUUCUGCAAGUUGAGAGAAAGUCAACUUCUUGUUGUUUUGAACAGAGAUUCAGAGAGAUUUAUAUAUAUUUAUUUUUACUGCUGGGUGAUUACCAUUGAAGGGGACCAUGGUUAUGUUGAAGAUCUCAGCUUUCCUCGUUGCCUACGCCCUGGUCAUCUGCCAGAUGUACUGCUCACAAGCCGCCCCUGCCAGACCAGGUCUAGAGUCCAUGUCAGAACGAGUCACGCUCACGGACUACGAGGCGCGAAGGUUACUGAACGCCAUCGUCAAGGAGUUUGUGCAGAUGACGGCAGAAGAGAUGGAGCAGCAGGCGACCGAGGGAAACAGCGUUACAGCACAGAAGCGGGCCUGCAACACGGCCACGUGCGUGACCCACCGCCUGGCCGACUUCCUCAGCCGAUCGGGGGGAAUAGGCAACAGCAACUUCGUUCCCACCAACGUUGGCGCCAAGGCCUUCGGCAGGCGAAGGAGAAGCACCCAGAUGUGAGCGCUAUUCAUCAACCUUCUGGGAAAUGAGGCGGACACCUGAAAAGAAAAAAGGAAAAAAAAAACACAACAUCCUGUGAACAAAAAUUCAACACAGCAAAACGCAGAUAAAUACUAAACUGGCCCUUUAUCUUCUCUUUUACAUUCUUCCUGGAAAAGAAAGGAGGUUUUGUCCCCGUCAUCCAUCCUGUUAUUAAUCUUUUUCUUUUCUUUUUUUUUUUGGCUUUUGGCAAAUAACUGAAAAAAAAAUUGGGAAAAAAAAGCACUUUACUUUAUGUACAUGAACAAAUGAAUUCUUUAAAGUAAAAAAAAAAAAAAAAAACAUCCCGAUGGUUACUCUUUUUUAUACAUGAAUAUUAUUGGAAAAUAAAAUGAAAACAGCAGUGGUCAUCACUUUCCUUUUUUCGCCCCACGUUUCACCUCGUUAGAGCACAUUUGUAGCACCGACCCCCAGCUGAGAUUCAUAUAUUAACAUUCCCCCCUUUACGCCGGUAACGAUCCUCCCCACACAACGGCUGUUGUCUUGUGCCUUGAUGUAGAAAAAUUUACAUGAACAUGAUUGUACGGCUUCGUUUCGAGACGGCAAAGAAGAACCCGAGUGAGGAUGAGGAGGAGAACGGUGAUGGAUUCAUAUUGUAAACAAUAUUGUGAAAAACAAAAAUUUCAGCAAGAUUAAAAUGUAUUUUAGAUACACUUUGGUUUGAGGUAAUUGUGUUGUUCUUCAAAGCAUUUCGUAAACAGAUGUAGAGAGAGAGAGAGAGAAAAAAAAAAUCACCUGCCACUUAUAUUUGUACUCAUGAUGCUGUCAUUGAUCCCAGAAUAAAUAUGAAAACUAUUAACAUUUGAGUCAAAUUUACAAAUACAAACAGUCCGUAGAGAGCAGAAAUGACUCAUUCCAAACAACCCGGAUAAGUUUGGAUACAUGACAAGAAAAACGGGGAAUUGCUGAACAAAAGGCAGCCAAAAAACAGCCACAGCUGGUUCACACAUGCAGCAAUAUUUUAGGCAAAACGUUAAAAAAAAAACCCCACAAUUUUCUGCAGGAAGUUUAACAUGAUGGAAACCUUUUUGGGGGGUUUCACUUGUUGUUACAGCAACACUCCAAAAGAUGGCAAUCUAAUUAUCCACACAAAAAGUUUCUGUGCGGAUCUACUGAUGUGCUUCAAGAGACGAAAGAAGCCUUCCAUUCUCCAACACCUCCAGCUGCCUUCUGUAAUGUCUUCAUAGUUUCACAAAUGAUCUCAAAAUGGGAUAGUGUUACGGUUAAUUCUGUAAAUACCUAAACUUGACUCAGAACAUCAACUGUGGUGCAUUUGACGGGGUUCACAGCAGCAGGUGAUAUGUUCCACGCAACACCGAGUAGAUUCCCCGUCGUGCAGAUAAACAUUUCUGUCUUCCUGCCAGUGAUUUGGAAUAAUUUGUUGUGCAGUGUUUUCCAUAGAAGUGAAAUUAAAUGGACCAAAUAUUGAAUCAGUAAAAAAAAGAAAAGAAAAGAAAAGAAAAGAAAAAGGCCUUUUAGUUUUGGAUCUUAAAGCUUCAGGUCACCAAAAAAGCUUCAGGUUUACAGCAUCCCUUCCUCCAAGGUACGGGAUGUCUACAGUGUUCUUAAAAUUUAAAGACAUUUCCUGUUUGUUUUUCUGGAGGUUUUAUGUGUUCACUGUCUGUAGGGAAUAUUUCACUCUACUGGUGCAUGACUGAAAAAGGGAAUUGUAUUUUUGUUCAAUUUUAGCCUCAUGUAUUUCAUAAAAGCAUCAAAUAUUACUUUUUUCAAAUACAUUCCAUUUUAAAUGUAAGCAUCGUAAAAGCAGCUGUUUGAAAGAGUUUCUUGCCUGUAGGUGACAUUGUAUCACUGUGGAACAACACACUGAAAUAAAUGUCUCAAAGAGUG